AUGACUAACGCGGGACAAAAGCGGGUUCUCCCGCCUUGUGCAUCAACAUCUGUUGUUUACCAAGGCCAACUAUUUGAUCAUAUUCAAUUUGCAAAGAAUCAUCCAUGGAUAAACCCCGCAAACGCGCUUCAUUGGCAUGUAACUAUUGUCGGAGGCGGUGAGUUUCCUUGCUACUUAAUCGUUUCCUAUAUUGAUGCACGACCAGGAAACGGCGCUGCAACGGCGUGUUCCCCUCUUGUGGUCUCUGUGAAGAUUCAGGUAUUGAAUGUGUUUAUAAUGAAGUCGAUUCUUCAAGGAGAGAGUUUCUCCUCUGAGUUCUUCCGACGUCUCGAUACAAUUGAGAACUUUCUAUGGAGCAACCCAAGGCUUCCCCCAACUCCUCAAACGGGUGAAACCAGAAAUGGGGGAUUUUCAUUCCCACCGACGUCCUCAGAACAUGAAAGGACGGACUUUUCCCAGCCUUCAGCUAUGUUGAUUUCUUCUCCGUCAAGGUCCAAUCCAGCGGAUGUUUCUCAGCUUAUUAGUACUAAUUCGCCGUCAUUCAUGCCGCCCGAGCACGAUAUCCCACCCAUGAGCAUUCCUAUUGGCCACACCACCACAACAGAAUAUAUGUUACAUAUGAGCAAAGUGAAGACACUCUUCGGAGAAUUUCCGCCAGACUUGUUUAUACGCGCCGAGUCAAGAAGACAUAUGCCUCACCAAUUAUCCUUUGUCCCGGGCACAAUUAAUGCGAAUCAACUACCUGUACUCGAUGGAGCCAGCACCUAUCCACUGGUGGAGGCAUACUUCAAACAUGUUCAUGCUGAAAUGCCAAUCCUUGAAAAAGACCAAUUCUUGGCUCUGUAUGAUCACCAUGCUAGAUCGGGACUAAAGGUUGACUGUGACUCUGCUUUAUGUCUUGCAGUGCUUGCAUUGGGUUCUGCGGCACUUGAGCAGGUUGAUCCGACAAAGUCUAGCUCUCCAUACUGGGUGCCUGGAGCGGAUUACAUCUCGCCUGCAUUACAAAUAUUGAUGAACGAAUACUUGCUGUCUUUUUGUCCAACAAUCACUCUUCCUCAGAGCUUGAUAUUAAUUUCCAAAUAUUUUGGAUUCCUCUUACGACCAUUGCAAUCGUGGAAGUUGAUUCACAUGGCCUCUACUAGCAUCCAAUAUCUGAAUAGCCGAAGUCAAGCUUCACCAGACAACCACGGACUGAAGUCUAGUAUAAUUCUUUUAUCUUGGGCGGCGUUUGAUACUGAAUGGUCAGUUUGUCAAAAUCUAUCACGAUAUAUGAUAACUAUUGACACUUCAUGUAGCGACUUGAUUGCUGAACAUCACUUACCACGAAGCGGUAUCGAACAUGUGAUUGACCUGACCCCUUUCCCGACCUUCGCAGAUCACGAAUCCCAAGAGACAAAUCUCUUCCUUGCAGAACUGUCCGUACGCCGUCUGCUGAAUCGCGUACAUCACACCAUGUAUGGAAGCGACUGGACAAGGCGCAGCCUCGGUCUUCAGCCGGCUUCGAGUGAUAGUCCCUCAUAUGACUUCCAGUCACUCUCUAACAUUUUAAGUGUGUCUCAAGAGCUUGACCGACAGCUCAAUAAUUGGUUUGACUUGCUUCCGCGAACGAUUAAGCCAGAUUUAAAUGAUCCAUCUCGGUCUACUGGCCUUCAGAUCAAUAUGCUUCAUCGUUUUCAUUCAGCCAAAGAUAUCAUAACGAGACCAUUCCUUCUCCGUGCGAUUGAUUCGUCGCCUGAGAACGAGGUCCCACCUAUGGUUCUCAAACAGUGUGAGGCUAGUAUAGCGAAUUGCCGCGCAUAUUUGAAUGCUUCAACACGCAGACUGAUGAGCCCAUCGACUUGCGCAGAGAUUAUCAUUCACACGAUGUUUUCUUCCAUUACUCUCUUGACUUUGAGCUCGGUCUGUCCUACUCUGGCACACUUGGUUCCAGAUAUUGAUACCAUGCAAAAGAAAACGAUUGCCGCCAUCGAACGAUUUGCCGUGGUCGAGUCUUCGAUAGAGGAAGUUCAUGGAAUCAUUCUUCUAUUACACAGCAAGACUCGACUCUUGAGACGGGGUAUGAAGCACUCAUGA